ACCGGCGCAGAUCUCUGACCGGCAUUGCCUGUUCUUCUUCAAUUUCGCAUAAUUUUAUUUUUUCUGCUAACAAACUACCACUUGAAGUGCACGCUAAAUAUAAAAAAGGAAGAAUAAAUACUAAUUAAAAAUACAAAUAUUAAUUAAAAGUGUUAACUGUGUCAAAAUAAAUUAAAAGUAUUCUUGUAAAACUCAAAAAAGCAUACGUUCGGUAUUAAAGAAUUAAGUUUUUUCACUUGUGAAAAAAACUAUUGUGUUAGUUGUGUAUACUGUGUAAUAAACAUGGCGACACAAGUUACAAACAAAUCAGGAACUGGCUGGCCACGCCGCAGUAGCCAAGGACAAAUGGAUAAUGGUACACAGAAAUUUAAUCCCAACCAAUCGUUGACGAUAAAUAGGACAAUAAAUCUAUAUCCACUUAAAUACACCUUCGGCACUAAAGAACCACUAUUUGAAAAGGAUCCUUCAGUACCCUCUCGUUUCCAGCGUAUGCGUGAAGAAUUUGAUCGUAUCGGUAUGAGACGUUCCGUCGAAGGUGUUCUUUUAGUACAUGAACAUGGUUUGCCACAUGUUUUAUUACUACAACUUGGUACCACAUUCUUUAAACUACCAGGAGGUGAACUAAAUGCUGGCGAAGAUGAAGUUGAAGGACUUAAACGUCUACUAACUGAAACUUUAGGCCGUCAAGAUGGUGUUAAGCAAGAAUGGAUCGUUGAAGAUACUAUUGGCAAUUGGUGGCGUCCCAACUUUGAACCUCCACAAUAUCCCUACAUACCACCGCAUAACAAACCUAAGGAACACAAACGUUUGUUUUUAGUACAACUACAUGAAAAGGCUUUGUUUGCGGUACCGAAAAAUUACAAGCUGGUAGCGGCGCCACUAUUUGAACUCUAUGAUAAUUCACAGGGAUAUGGACCGAUAAUAUCUUCGUUACCACAAGCGUUAUGCAGGUUCAACUUUAUCUAUAUGUGAGUAGAGUGGGAACCUUCCUCUACCGCAUCAAAUCAUCCAGAAGAAUGCUAUAAUGAUAAAUCUCUCGAACAACAAUUACCACAGCCACAGCAACCGCUUACAGAUGUUUAUAACGAUUAUAUGGAACAUGAUUUGCAACAACAUGCAGCAUCAUUGUCAACCUUUAAUCAACACCAUCAUUCUUAUUGAACAUUUCAAAAUUUAAUUAUUAUUUAUAAAAUAUUAAUUAUUAUUAUAAAAAAUAACAAAAAUAAUAACAAACAAAGAAAGAAAGAAAGCAAACAAAUAAAACUUAACUUUAUAAUAUUUAGAUUUUAAUUCAAAGAACACUUUAAAAAUAAUAAAAUUCCCAAAAUAAAGUUAAAAUGCUUUACACACUGUUUUUAAAAAAGAUGUUAAAUUAUAUAAUUAGAAAAAAAAAGAAGAAAGCAAAAGAAAAAUAAUAAUA